AUGGCUGAUAUGGAAGUGAGUACACCGGCUAAAUUGACUCGAGAUCCACCGCUAACACAGACUACAGCAUCGAUAUCGCGUCAUCUGCGACGCAAGGGCGUGCCUCUGGUGCAGAUUCUGCCGUUUGCAAACGAAAUUGUAGCCGGAAACCUCAACGUCUACUUUCCCCAUCGGUUGUGCGCAGUUUUGCAAUGGUGGAUGGACAAAAUAAGCGAGAAGACCGACUCUGCCAAGGAGGCUCGAGCAGACCCGGCAUUCUGGACGCUAUUCAUCACUGUGUGGGAAGACAUGGCCAAGGAUCUGGCCAUGCCAAGAGAACGAAUCUACAGAAACAGCAAGUUCACAGAGAUCGUCAGUCUAGCCAUCAAGGAAAACAUUGAGGGCUGCUCCGUUCAGCUGCUGGACGAGAUCACCACAGCCGUCAACAAGGUGUCUCGGUCGUUAGCCGUGCAGUUUACAGAGAGUGCCGCUGUCGAAAUCGCAGGAGACUACCUCAAGACCCUUACAAACUUUCAGAAGACCGGGCUGCCUGUGGGACACAUUGCUGGAGUGUCUUCAUGGACUCAAAUGAUCCUCAACUUUUUGGAGCGGUCUUCUCAGGGAAGUCAGGAUAUGCAGAAGAAGUGUCGAGAGGUUGGAUCGUAUCUUCCCUACAUUUUCUAUCUAUUGGACGGGGAGGAUCUAAACAAGGACCUGGCACAUUUCAUCGAUUAUCUGGUCACCAAAUUCCUGUUUGAUCCCGAACACUUCCCCAUCACUGGUCUGUAUGCCUUCACUACUUUUGAGGUGUUGAGCUUCUCCACUGAGGCUCCUGUUCGAGGCUAUGCCCACAUUAUCAGACUGGGAGAAAAGGUGGCUGCUACUAUGCCUGGAACCACUGGUGAGAAGGAUCUGGUUGUGCCUCUGGUCAGUGGUCUAAUCCAGAAUGCCAAGCAGUACACUGUGGAGCUGCUGGAUCAGUGUACAGAGAUGGGCUACAAGGUGGAAAAGAGCAUUUUGGUGAGGCUUUUCAACGAGGCUGUGCCUACGAGAGAGGCCUUUGCAUUGGAUUGGCAGGUGAACAAUGAACGAGAUUGGCGUCUGAUUGCUGCUUUGGUGCGACAAGAUCCUUCACUUACAGCUACUUCGGUGUCUUUGGCCAAGGAUAUCUCUGAUGGUCCUGAUAACGAGUACACGAAGUCGGUGAUGCGAGGUAUGGCUACGGGAUACCAGCUCAACAGCAACAUGUAUGACUUCAUCAUCAUCUGGGUGGAUGAGAUGGCCAAGUCUAGUAAGUGGAGAGACCCUGGUUUCCUGCCCUAUGUUUCUGAUCUCAUUGCUAAAAUGUUCCCUGAUCAGUACUACGAUGUUCUGACUCAUUGGACGGGGAAGGUGAAGGAGGAGCAGGGAGAUAUUGCUGUCAGAAACAACCAGCUUUAUGCUCUUGUUGCAAUUGUCAAUGCUCUUCUGUUUAUGAAGCUUGAGGCGUCUUUUGACGAGAAGGUUUUGAAGGUUCUUUCCAAGCUCAUCAAGCUGGAGGAUGAGAAGAUUGAUAGCGAGACACUGUGGCGUCUGCGAUACAUCAUUUUCACAAAGGCACCCAACACUAAGCAUAAGAUUGAUUUCAACGAAGCUGUUGAGCCUAAGAAGGAGCUAUUCAGAUAUCAGUUUGGAUGUCUGUGUCGACUUGCCGAGUUUGACAACGUUAAGAAGUUUGAUAAGGCUCUUGACAAGCAUCUUUCGUACAUGGUCAAGAAGAAGCUGGAUGGCAUGAUUCCCUUCUUGUUUGACCGAUGGCUGGUUAUUCUCAACCGUUUCGCCAAGUCUAAACGACUCUGCAAGAUUGCCGAGAUGGCUGUCUCCACAUACGUUACUGAGCUGGUUCAAAAUGACCAGUUAUUCGAGCAGACCCAUGUGUGGACUCCUGUCUUGGAAAAUAUCAAGGACCCCAAGCCUCUCACUGUUGUUCCUUAUUCUGCGUUCCCUCGAGAUAUUCGAAUUGCACUCGUCAACAAGUUUUCUCUAGAGAACCCUACCGCUGAGGGCCUGGAACUUGUCUCGAGGCUCGUCACAUCUUCUACUUUAGGUGGUUACGAGAUUGAGAAGGAUGUCGACUCUUUCUGUGUUCUUCUGGACCACGGGUCAGCUCUAUCUACUUCUAUCUGCUCCACCAUUCUGAAGUCUCAUGUUCAGACCAAGAACCAAGAUACCAGCAAGGAGUUCCUGGAGACAUUGGAAAAGAAGCUCAAGAAGAACGUCAAGAAUAAUAAGUCGAUCCAGCAGGCUCUGCUGUAUGCUCGAAUUGUGUCGGACGAGGACUCUAACUUCAUCAAGUCGAUUCGAAAGUCGCUUAAGACUAUUAUUCUCGAGUCCAACGAUACAGACCUUGAACCUAUUCUGAACGAUACCAAGUCUCUAGUCAAGGUCUUUUCUUCGUCUGAUUCAGAUGAGGUCGAGACUAAGCUCACUUCUAUCAUCUCUAAGCGUGUCGCCUCCAAGACAGAGCAUGAAGAAGAUACUCUGCUGACUUCUGCUGCGAGCUUGUUAAUGGGCAUCUCCAAACCCAACCUAGCCAUCACUGCUCUAUUCCUUUGCGUUGGAGAGGGAAAUGAACAGCUGUCUAAGUGGUAUUCCUUCCAUCUCGAGUCUCUGAGUCCCGAGGAGUUGCGAAACGUCUUUGUCAUGGUCGUUCGGUACGGCGAGUCGGCCUAUCCCGCAUUUGAGGUCAUCAUCCGAGUUUUAUCGUACGACGAGCAUCACGAGAUAGACUUUACUUCUCUCAUUGUGUCUGCCAUCUCACAGUAUGUCGAGUCUGGAAAGCAGUCUGCCGUUUUCCUGGGAGCUCUGGCUUCUACGUUGAAACGUGCCCCCUGGGCUGUUUCUCAAUACUGUCUGGAGUUGAUACUUGUGGUUGUUUCGCAGUCUCAGGCCACUCCCGACACAUUUGUCGCAUUCACUCAGGUUCUGUCCCAGAUUCUGCUCAGUCACAGACCCCGUAUUGAGGGCCGAUACUCGCUCAUCGUAUACAGCUUGAAGGCUCUGCUGAGUGUACUGGUCAAGGGCACCGAGGUGGCUGUGGAGGACGUUCAUUCUCUCGUUCGAGCCGUCCAACUCAUCUGUGAGCCCCCUGCGUAUACCCUUUCCAAGACCCGGGCUGCCAAGGUGUCUCUGACGUCAGCCACUCAGGCUGCUCGAAAGGAGGCAGCUCGUCACAUGAUCUACUUCCUGGCUGCCUACGCUCACAUCAACGUAACCCAGAAGCUGGAUGCCGCGAUCACAGUGGCUUUCCGACCCGCCAUGUCGUCCAUCUUUGAGCUGGUUACCAAGGAAGAUCUGGAUCUAGCCAACUCCAUCAUGGACGGUCCAUCGCGAUCCUUCAUCCGAGUCCUCUAUGCUGACUACAAGAAGCAGGGCAAGUGGACCGAUGAUAUGUAG